UCCAGGUCGCCAGCCUUUCGCCCCCGAAGCCCGAGAAGCGGGACCAGACGUUUGGCUCCGGGUCGAGCGCGGACCCCUCCUGCCCUGCCAUGGGCCCGCGCCGCAAGCCCGAAGCCCCGCGGAGGCGCAGCCCAAUCCCGACCCCCAGCCCCCCGCGGCGGGGCCCCUCCUUAGGCACUUCCUCCCGUCGACAUGGCCAGCGGAGACCUCGGGUUUUGAAGGAGAUCCGAAAGCUUCAGAAGAGCACAGACCUAUUGCUAAGGAAGAGGCCCUUCGGCCUCCUGGCAAGAGAAGUAUGUGCUAUAUUCACUCGUGGUGUGGACUUCAACUGGCAAGCCCAGGCCCUGUUGGCCCUACAAGAGGCGGCAGAAGCAUUUCUUGUUCAUCUCUUUGAAGACGCCUAUCUUCUCUCCUUACAUGCCGGCCGGGUUACUCUUUACCCAAAGGAUGUGCAGCUGGCCAGGAGGAUCCGAGGCAUUCAGGAAGGACUCGGCUGAGCUGUGGACGGUGUACCCAUGAGCCUUUCCUGCUCACCCAAAGAGCAAGUACACUUUGAAGGAAAAACAUCCAGCUUCUCAUCUUGGGUUGGAGUUUCUCCAGAGGAAUUUCCCUUCAUCCUUAGUGUCGUGCUAUCUUGCCUUUCUCUAGAAAAGUCUGGACUUGGUUUUAAAUUUACUGCUUGGGACUCUGGCUCGUGCCUUUUUGUACAGUGUUAAAUAAAGAUGUUUUUCUAUAAAGUAAUGACUAGGACAACCUGAAUCUCUGGCAGAGUAAGCCUCUGCUUUGUACAAGGACCAGAUACCUUAUUUUUAUUAUGAGAAUUUUUUCUUAAUUUCAGGGAUGAUAGCAGAGAGUCUCUGGAGCCGUGACCAGAUCCAUGGAGCCUGAGGUGCUGCCUGGACUUAGCUCCCUCUGGGGCAGUGUGUACAUGUUUGUUGGCUUUUUUUUUAAGAAGGUGAAGACUGCAUGGUUUCCUCUGCAAGAGAGGUAAUAUAUGAGGCACUCAACAUAGUCCCAGAGGCCUGAGAAUUAUUUUCAGACAAGAAGACUCCAAGGUUGACCUGAGUUUGUGAAUUAUUCGUGUGACUGUUUUCAUGAUUUUGAAGAUAACAGAUUUGCUGGAUUCUGGGAGAAAAGGAGAUUUACUUAUUAUUUUAGACCUUCCUGUAUUAUUUACAGCUUUUACAAGGAGAUUCACUUAUUAUUUUAGACCUUCCUGUAUUAUUUACAGCUUUUACAAGGAGAUUUACUUAUUAUUUUAGACCUUCCUGUAUUAUUUACAGCUUUUACCAUAUGUAUAUUUACUUUUAUUUGAAACUGAAGGGAAAAAAUAUGAGAAGAGCACUUCAGUCUGUUGCAUAGAAGAGCCCAGCAUGUCUAGCAUACAAACUGUCCUUCAGGUUAAUCUCAUCUUUAGUGGCAGUGUCAAGUUACUGAGCGGACUGUGCUGUCAACAAGUUUAUAGCUUCUAAAAACUUUAAUUGGGAUUGACAUAAAAAACAUUUAAGGUUAGAUGUUCUAGCUCUUUCCAGGAAGUUCCUAUUGAGAUUAUUCAGAAAUUCUAACUUGUAGAAUUUAGCAUGUUAUUCUUACUUUUAAAUGACAAAAGAUGUGUAAUAAUUUAUGCUUUGUAAUUUUUUAUCCCAGUAUUUUAAAGUGCUUUUUCAAUUGUUUUACAGAUAUAUUUGUAACUUCUUUGUAGAGAGAUAAUAAAAAUAAUUCUUUAAUGAAAAAAUUUAAAACAAAGGUUAACAGAUUAUAUUGUAUAUAUGUUUUUGGGGGAGGUAUUUUAACAUUAAACUCUAUGUUUUGUACUGUUUGCAAACCUGGACAAGAAUUGAGGAGUGCAUUUGUACCUCCAAUGGAGCAGAUAAAAACCUUGCCUUUCUGUUGCAAGUGAAAGCAAUUUAAGAGAUUUCCAGAAAAAUGAGAAGUGCCACCCAAAGAUUUUAGAUUUUGUGAAUGGUGAAAAAUUAUUAGCGAGGGCAGAAUACUAAUAAUGAUGUAUCAGUCAACUGAAUUCAGAGACAGACUUAAGGACAAGACCAAAUUCUAUUGUUUAAUAAACAAAUUUAAACCCUUCAGAAAAACUUACUGUUCCACAUCAACUCAUAUUUAUGCAGACAUGGGAAUAAGGCUUAUUGAUCCAUGAAUACACUGAAAGUUCUUGUCAGUGUCAUAAAUUAGAUCGUAGUCUUCCACUGGUUUUCUUUAAAUUGACACUUCUCUCUUCAGAUUGUACUAACCAAUACCCAAACGCACGGCCGUCGAGUUGAAUCCAAUUCAUAGCAACCCCAUAGGGUUUCCAAGGCUGUAAAUCUUUAGGGAAGCAAACUACCACAUCUUUCUCCCGAGGAGCAGCUGGUGGGUUCGAACCACCAACCUUUUGGUUAGCAGCUGGGCAGUUUAACCACUGUGCCACCAGGGCUCCUUGUACUAACCAUUACACCACUAUAAUGCAUGUACGUCACACUCAAGUGCAAGGCAGGAUGCAUGCUCUCUCUCAGCACCACAUAGUAUUCAUUCAAUUACAUGAGAAUUAAGUAAUUUACAUCAUAAUGUUAUAUAACAACAUUCCUGUUUACUGUAAUUUUUUAGCACUUUCACUGUUGUUUCAUUUGUUUGCUCCUUCUGGGUUAGUUCAUCAUUAUCUCCUAAUCUUUCCAUUGAAUUUUUCUGUUUUCACAUUUUUAGCAUCUAAGAACUCUUUGUUGUUUAAUAAUGUUUUAUUGUGUUUAAGGUGAAAGU